UGCAAGGAAUCGCAUUCAACAGCAGCUUACAGAUGAAGAACUCCGACUACUAUAGGGUGCUGACACCUGCUCUUGAGAGGCUGUUUCUGUCCAGUCUCCAAGACUCCCAGCUGAACUGGAGUUGCACUGGUUGCACCAUCCUGGGCUACAGGAACGGGAGCUCCGGUGUGAUCGUCCGUUUCCGCCUCCUCUUCGCGCCCCAGGACUCGCAGCCCCUGAGCUCUGCCGUGGAGGAGGAAGCUCUGAGGCACGGGCUGGCAGCUGCCCUGCACAAGCAGGGCUUCUCCCUGGCUGCCUACGGCACCAUCUCCUCAGCUUCUCUCUCAGGUCCCAACAAGGUUUCUUCCCACAGACCUGGACUGAAAUCAGACUGUGGCAGUCGCCCUGCCAUGCAGACUGCCAGCAGGAUAGUUGGAGGCUCAGAGGCGUCCAGGGGAGAGUUCCCGUGGCAAGUCAGCCUGCGAGAGAACAAUGAGCACUUCUGCGGUGCUGCAAUCCUCACUGAGAAGUGGCUGGUGUCUGCUGCUCACUGCUUCACUGAGUUUCAGGACCCAGCCAUGUGGGCAGCUUACACAGGAACCACCUCCCUCAGAGGUUCUGACAGCAGCACAGUGAAAAUGGACAUUUCACAGAUCAUCCCACACCCCUCUUACAAUGCUGACACAGCUGACUAUGAUGUGGCCGUGCUGGAGCUGAAGAGACCUGUGACCUUCACUAAGUACAUCCAGCCCGUGUGCCUGCCAGAUGCUGGCCAUCACUUCCCCACCAGCAAGAAGUGCCUUAUCUCUGGCUGGGGCUACCUCAAGGAGGAUUUCUUGGUGAAACCUGAGUUCCUGCAGAAAGCAACAGUGGAGCUCCUAGACCAGAACCUCUGUUCCAGUCUCUACAGCCAUGUCCUCACAGACAGGAUGAUGUGUGCUGGCUACCUGGAGGGGAAAGUCGACUCUUGCCAGGGUGACUCUGGUGGGCCCCUGGUUUGCCAAGAACCAUCUGGCAGGUUUUUCCUGGCGGGAAUUGUGAGCUGGGGUAUUGGAUGUGCUGAAGCCAGGCGGCCUGGGGUUUACACACGUGUUACCAAACUCAGAGACUGGAUCUUGGAUGCUAUUUCUGCCUUCCCUACCUCCAUAGCCCAUACUGUUCCUCCAGUACACUUUAGUACUAACAGUAACAUGGUCAACACUGAAGAGGUCAGCACCACCACCGGAGCAGCCCCCACCACCUCAGCAGCCCCAGCUGCCAGCAGGCCAGUGACUGCAGCAAGACCACGAGAGUGUGGAGGACGACCCGGGUUCUCUAAACCCAGCAAGAUUGUGGGAGGAACAGAUGCUUCCAGAGGAGAGAUCCCUUGGCAAGUCAGUCUGAAGGAAAACUCAAGACACUUCUGUGGAGCCACCAUCAUUGGGGACCGCUGGCUGCUGUCAGCAGCUCACUGCUUCAAUGAGACAGUGCCAGAAGAGAUCGAAGCCUAUGUGGGGACAACAUCACUAAAUGGAACAGAUGAGAAUGCAGUGAAAGUCAAUGUAACAAGAGUGAUCCCACAUCCCCUCUUCAAUCCCAUGAUUCUGGACUUUGAUGUGGCUGUACUUGAACUUGCAAGACCUCUUAUCUUCAACAAAUACAUACAACCUGUGUGCCUCCCACUUGCUGUGCAGAAGUUUCCUGUUGGGAAGAAAUGCCUCAUUUCUGGAUGGGGUGACCUCCAGGAAGGGAAUGACACCAAGCCUGAGAUCCUGCAGAAAGCAUCUGUGGGCAUCAUAGACGAGAACACCUGCAACUUUCUCUACAACUUCUCCCUCACUGAUCGAAUGAUCUGUGCUGGCUUCAUGGAAGGGAUGGUAGACUCAUGCCAGGGAGAUUCAGGUGGACCCUUGGCCUGUGAGGUCACCCCGGGCGCGUUUUACCUUGCUGGUAUCGUGAGCUGGGGAUUUGGUUGUGCCCAGGCUAUGAGACCUGGCGUAUACUCCAGAAUUACCAAAUUCACAAACUGGAUCCUGGACACCAUCUCCCAGUUGCCCGGUGGUGGCACAAGCAUCCCUUCCAGUUCAGCCAUCCCUAGAACUUCUUUCACAGCUAUUUUUAUCCAGCCCAGCACAAUGGCUGCAAGUCCAGCCAGCAGAACCACCCUGGGGACAAAGAUGAGCACAACCAUGAGUGAAACCUCCACAGCUCUGAGAACAACUGAGACUGCCAAGCCUACCCAAACCCCAGUGGUGCCUUGUACCAGCCUCACCUUCAAGUGCUCCAGCAAGGUGUGUAUUGGAAAAGAAAAUCCUGAAUGCGAUGGAGUUGUGGACUGCAGCAACGGCUUUGACGAGCACAACUGUGACUGUGGCUCAACAAGUGCUCUGGCCUUCAGCAAGAUUGUGGGUGGCAGCAGUGCAGCUCGAGGAGAAUGGCCCUGGCAAGUCAGUCUGUGGCUCCGACAGAAGGAGCACAAGUGUGGGGCUGUCCUCAUUGCUGACCGGUGGCUGCUCUCUGCAGCUCACUGCUUUGACAUUUACAGUGAUCCCAAAAUGUGGGUGGCCUUUCUAGGAACACCCUUCAUGAGUGGCAUCGAUGGCAAAAUGGAGAAAAUAUUCCGUAUCUACAAACACCCUUUUUACAACGUCUACAGCCUAGACUAUGAUGUGGCACUACUGGAACUAAGCACACCCGUCACGUUCAGCAGCACCAUCAGACCUAUAUGUCUCCCUGACAAUUCUCACAUCUUCCAUGAAGGGGCCAGAUGCUUCAUCACAGGCUGGGGCUCCACAAAGGAAGGAGGUCUCAUGUCAAAGCAUCUGCAAAAAGCAGCAGUGAACAUCAUUGCAGACCAGGCCUGCAAAAAGUUCUACCCUGUCCAGAUCAGCAGCAGGAUGCUGUGUGCUGGUUUCCCACAGGGCACCAUCGACAGCUGCUCAGGUGAUGCAGGUGGGCCCCUGGCAUGUAAAGAACCUUCAGGGAAGUGGUUUCUAGCAGGAAUCACAAGCUGGGGCUAUGGCUGUGCCAGGCCAUACUUCCCUGGUGUCUACACCAAAGUCACAGCUGUCCAGGGCUGGAUUGUGCAGAACCUCAAGCUCUGAAACUGCAUUUCACCACUCAGGGAAGACAAUGAACGAGAGGAAUAACUGCUGGAGGAUGCACUAACCCCUUGGCUACUGCACAUUUUCCUGAUAUUGCAAAGGGGUGAAGAUGGCCUUGCAGGUAUUAAGCAAAUGCCAGUGUUGGUGGCCUGCUGGUUGUUACACCAAGGCAUUUGAUAACUGCUUUGCAUAGAGAGGUACAAAUUCUAGA